CAUCCCUAGUUGUCAUCGCGUCGCGUUGUCAAAAAGUGGUUUCUUCGGUCCGUCGUACUGAUCAUUCGUCGAGAAAGUUAAUUCUGCUUAAAAUUCAGAAAAUAAGCAUAGUUACUAUCCAUAAUGACUUCUAAAUCCAAGCGUGGUGAUAACUCUGGCAAGGACGAUGAGCCGGUCAAGAUCAACAAAUGGGACGGAACUGCAGUCAAGCAUGCCCUUGACGAUUCGGUCAAAACUGCCCUCAUGAACCGGACCAACAUGAAGGAACACCACGCCAUAAUCGACGGGCGACUACUGAUCUGUGGGCUGGCCGUGGCCACUGCCCUUGUUGCCCUCGGGUACGACUACCAGUAUUCUUUCCCCACCUCGAAGCCGGUGCUGAUCGUGUGCGUUUGCUUCUACUUCUUCCUGAUGGGGGUGCUGACGAUCUACACGACCUACGUGGAGAAGGGAAUCUUCGCCGUUGGCAACCAAAAGGACGACAAGGGCAACGUGAAGCGCUGGCAGGCCAGUUCCGACAUGAAGAAGUACGACGAUAAGUACGAGCUGACGAUUCAGCUGCGUGAUGCGCGAGGAGUGCGGGAAGCGACUGUCCACAAGUCCGUUGCUAACUUUAUCGACGCCAACGGAACCGUGCUGGACGAUUUGGUGGCCAACGAGCUGAACCGCAUCCUGAACUCGUUCAAUUCCGACAAGAAGGACAAAUAAGUUGGAGCUUGGGGGCGCUGAAUCUUAACGGGGAAGGUGUUUGCCCUCGGAGUAAGGCUGUUUAGAAGAGUACUAAAAUUAUGAUCUUAAUUAAAUUUGAUGUGAAAUGAUCAA